CAGCAUCAUUCGAAAUCUACAGGACCGAUUUGCUUGAAAUUUGGUAUGUAGGUAAUAUACCGGGAUAACAUCUUAGAUACAUUUCAUCCCGGUAAAUGGUCAGGUUCCCGUAGGAUAAUUCAAAAACUAAUUAUGAAUCAAAAAUGCCUCAGAAUCCCGGGUUUAACAUCUUAUAGAUAUUUCAUCCCGGAAAAUGAGGAGGGUCCUGUAGAAAAAUUAGAUACAUUUCAUCCCGGUAAAUACGCGAUAAAAAAAUUACUGAGAUUUUGCUAUGAAAUUCACACGGGCGAAGCCGCGGGCAAAAGCUAGUACGCUAUAAAACGCUAUUUACAUUCUUAAAAUCGGUUAAUAUACAAGGAAAAUACACUACUUUUAUUCCAAUUAAUUAGCAAGGGAAAUUAUGUUUAAUCAGUGCACCUGCCGCGACUUUGUCCUAAAUCAAAGACAGACUAUCUACUUUACCAAAUAGCCAUUCGACAUACCCAACCAAGAAGAAACAACGGUCACAUAAUAUACAAGAUAGUUGAAGAAGUUAUUUGUCGUCAUGGUUUUCAUCAAGAUCAAGGACGAAACGUUAAGUUUCAAGUAUUUCAAGAGUUAUAUGCAUUAUUGUUCAUAAUCUUGCAAAAGACAAGGCACUGCAGGCAAAGGCACAGACAUAAGUGCUACAUGCAAUUUCUGUAUUAUCUCCAGCGUAACCUGACCAAUAAUUAUUAUACAAGAAUAAAUUACUAAAGAUGAUAGAAAACAAUGACAAAUUAACAAGAUGUGCUUGGGUGACUAAAGAUCCCCUAUACAUUAAGUAUCAUGAUGAAGAAUGGGGUAAACCUGAAUAUGAUAGUCUUCGUUUGUUUGAAAUGAUUUGCUUAGAAGGGCAACAAGCAGGACUUUCAUGGAUAACUAUUUUAAAGAAAAGACAAAAUUAUAAAAAAUUAUUUUGUAAUUUUGAUCCCUAUCAAAUAAUCAAGUUGACAGAAAAUGAUAUAAAUAAUUUGUUGUUGACUUCUGAGAUAAUUAGACACAAAGGCAAAAUUAAUUCCAUAUUAAAUAAUGCAAAAUGUUACAUAAAGAUGGAAGUUGAUAAUGAAGAUUUUUCAGAAUUUAUUUGGAGCUUUGUCAAUAACAAACCUAUUGUGAAUUCUUGGAUACAUAUUAAUGAUAUUCCCACUGAAAGCAUACAGUCAAAUGCUCUCUCUAAAGCUCUAAAGAAAAGAGGAUUUAAAUUUGUAGGUGCCACGACAUGUUAUGCUUUCAUGCAAGCUUGCGGCCUAAUAAAUGACCAUUUAUUAAAUUGCAUUAACAGAAAAUAAUAGAUACCUACUUUAGUAAGUUGUUUUCUGAUGAUUUUUUUCGCCGUGGUCACAAACUUCAUAGAAAAAAGUAAGAAUAGCCCGCCCGGAAAUUGUAUAUUACUGCCAUCUAUCUAUUUACCCCACAUUUACACUUAGCCACUGCCGCUGCCGGAAAUGUUUCCUGUUGUGUGUUUGUACUUAAUACUUCUGCGGCAAUAACGACGCGAGUGAGCAUUUACACUCAGCCUUCAUAUUCUAUUCUCUCUCUCUUCUUUAUUUGUCAACUUGCAAAUUAUUCAAAUUAAACAGAUGAUUAUAAAUGAAUUGCUGUAGUCAGAUAACAAAACGUAGCGUGGCACGUUCUAUUUUGAUCCAAUUGCGACGGCAACGAGCAAGAAUGUAAACACUCAGCUGCCCGUCUUAGAUUUGACUUCCGGGCGAACAACCGACAAUCGAGGGAGCGCCGGGCAGUGGCAGUGACUGCGCGAGUAACCUUUUUACAUACCUAGGUAGGCCCUCGUGCUACCCGCUGCCCACUGGGAUCUAAGACUGGGAUGCUCACUUCCCUCCUGCCCUAUAAGGCUGAGUGUAAAUGUGGCUUUAGACACAGGUAUUUUUGUGGCGACGACAGUGUGGUUGAUCAAAAAGUUUUUGGAAAAUGGAAACGCAAUAAAUCUCUAGCAUGAGUCUACUUAUAUA